AUGGGGAAGCCCGGGCGCAUGCCAGAGAUGGCGUUGAGAGCAGUGCGCAGCAAAGGGUGGUCAAAGCGUGGGAUUCCGCCCCCUUCCCAGCGCCAGAAGACUGCCGCCCGUGCGCGUCCGACCCGGGCGACCUCGGCGCCGCCCGCCGCCCAAAGCGGCAUCCAGGCACCGCCGCCCCGAGCGGCCUCCCGGCGCCGCCCGCCGCCCCCCGAGGCGGCCUCCAGCGCCGCCGCCGCCGCCGCCCCAGAAGCCGCCGCCCCAGAAAAAAGCGGCCUCCGUGCUGCCACCCCCCCCAGAGAAGCGGCCUCCGCCGCGCCGCCCAGGGGAAGCGGCCUCCGGCGCCCGCCGCCGCCGCUGCAGGCCCGGCUCCAGCGCCCGCCCGCCCCAAGGCGGCCUCCGUGCUGCCACAGAGAGAAAGCGGCCUCCCACGCGCCCUGCCGCCGCCCCAGGGGAAGAGAAAAGCGGCCUCCGCGCCGCGCCGCCAGAAGAGAAAGCGGCCUCCGCCCCCACCGCAGCGCUUGGCGAGCUCCAGUUUUCGACUUCUGA